AUGUUUCAAUCCUCAGCUGAUCAGGGUGCAUGCAUGUGCGGUGCAACUUUAGUUCAUAAGCGUGGUGGAGUUUCAAAGUGGAAAAAAAAUCAAUUUUUUUCUCUUAUUAUUUCGGAACAUGGUGCUAAUCUACCGCUCACUAAGGCAGAACAAUGGUUUGCCACAUCUUUUUUUCCCUCAGCAUUCUUAUAUGUCGCCAAAUUGAAAAGGGAAGAAAGAAAAGAGUAUAUUCGUUCUAAUUAUCCUUUUCUUUUAGAAGAGGAAGAUUCCAUUUCGGCUUGUAUUGAAAAUUUGUUAUCAAUUAAUUAUUCAGUCUCGUUUCAACUAUUUCCAAACAAAUAUUUUACUGAGUUUUUAUCUUAUAGUGCAGAUGAAAGAUUGACGAUGAUUAAAGCAGACAACAUUUUGAAUGGUUGUAUCGAUAUUGAAGCUCGAAAUCUUAAUCUUGAUCAAUCCAAACAACAGUGGUAUUUAAAUUUUGCUAAAUGUGUGGUUGCAGGUGCUGAACAACAAGGAGAGACAUAUACCAAGAAAAUAAGCUUUAAAAACCAAUUAGAUUUGCUUAUGGAUGAUGCCUUAGACUUCUUUACACCUCCCAAAGAAGUUGACAUGCAAAAGUUAAAAUUUUUAAAGGGUACUGACUUAAACACUUUAGGAACUCUGAAAGAAAUUAAGUUCGUCCAAUUUAAAAAAAUAUUUAAUGAACAUGAUAACAGUGACUUAGUACGUGGUAAUGUCAUUGUACCAGUUGACUCUAAAAACCAAUUAGCUAAAGAUAUUUUACCAUUUCUUCCAAAGUUUCAAGUGGAUUUGUUUUCAACAGAGGAAAGAGAAACACUUAAUCAAAAUAUUAACUCAGGAUCUACAGUUGUGAUUAUUGGACCAUCAGGUUUGGGUAAAACAGCGCUAAUUGCAAGAAGAUUAGGAGUUAAUCCAGGACUAUUUAUCACAUGCACUUCUUCUUUGGAUGCUAGCGUAUUAAAUGGAAGAGGAAUAGAUUACGCAUCAUUAGCACUAUUUAUGCAUUGUGAAAAAUUGUCUAAUAUUGAAUUAUAUGCAUCUGUUAGACAAUUAAUCGAAUGUAACUUUAUUGCUAGAUUACUUGUUUCACAGGCAUGUUUGGAAAAUCAAACUCUGUUGGAUUAUUUUGAAACCCCAUUACAAUUAAUUUCAUAUAUACAAUGGAAUGGUAAUACCAAUAUGGCAACAUCUAUUUUCAAAGACAUGAUAGAACAAGGAUGGCAAUACCUCCCGAUUAACUCAUUAAGGAAGAUUACUGUAAAUCUUAUUGUUGAUCUUUAUACGAAAUUAGAAUUAUCGCAUGAUAUACCUUUUGUAAUUGCUGUUGAUGAAGCAUCCAUUUUUUCAAAAAGUUCAACAGUCAUGUUAUCUGCACAAGGAACACCAAGAGAUUUAUUAACAGCUAUUGCUUCAGAGAUUAGUAGUUUACAAAUUGAAAUGAUUGAGAAGAAUCUAACUAUAUCAGAUAUGUAUUGUGGAACUUUUUUUACUUCGGAUGUUGUAGACAUUAUUCAAUCCUCUGUUUGCAAACUCACGGAAAGAAACAUGAAAUACUCUAUUGGCCUUGAUCUUGUAUCAUUUGAUCAAGCUCUCCAAAUGCUAGAACCUUUUUACAAUAUCAGAGAGAUUUUAAAAAAGCAAAAAGUCUCCAAAAACCUACUCAAAGUCAAAUUAUUUGCCAUGUUUCCAACAAGAAGAAGAGUUAUUGGAAUGAUAAUUGCCAAUCCUUCAUUAAUUUUAGAAAAUGUUGAAAAUGCUUUCAAACUAGCUUGGAGAACUUUUACCCAAACACUUUCCUCGCUAGUCAGUGAAGGAUUCACAACAAAAACCUCAAAGGACACGAUAGAUGCUGCAUUUUUACUUGAAGCCCUAGUAAAACAUGAUUACCCUAUUUUUGCAGGAAAACUAAUCAAAUGUGACCUUACAAUUUCUUCUAUGCUUACUGGCUCAGGUAUUGCAAGACCUGUUUGUGAAUUAGAUUGUCAUUAG